GUUUAAAUGAAUGUGUUUAAUAACUGUGUGCACAUGUUUGCUCUCACUUAUAAGCAGUAUACAUCCCUCCCCUUCAUCCUGCACUGUGACAAUCAACACAUCUGUACAGCGAUGGUGUGGAGACGGAACAGAAAUGUGUGUGUGUGUCUGUCUUUGUGUGUGUGUGUGUGUGAAAGAGAAAAGUGUUCAUGGUGCCAGCUUAAAGAGAUCUAACGGACAACAACCUAAAUCAGUAUGAGCCCUGUGUUGUGUUCCAGGACUCAGACGGAGAGGUUUGCUGUGUUUCGGGCACAUUAUGGAGUUUCAACCUUCCUGAAUUUUAAUGUUGACCAUGAAUCCCCCCCCCCCCCUCCUUUUUUUUUUGUUUUUUAAUUUCCUUUGCUGCUGUACACAACUUUAGCUUCAUGUGGGGCUGCAACAGAGCAUUAUUUAAAUGAGCAUUUAAUCAUUUUACAUUAUAAAACAUCAAACAAACAGAAGAUGUCAUGUUGUGUCCUCCAUGUUCUGACUUCUCUUUACCAGGGUAAGCAGAGAGUUGUGACGUGUCGCUCUGUGGCUGCAGAGUCAUCCUCCUCUGAUCGAUCAAUGCUUUACAGUUGCAGCUCCAGCUUCAUAGAUCUCAAUGACCGCUUAUUUUAUGUGUUGUUUUUAUGUCCUGGCUGGCGUGUUGUUUUUCAGCUUGGUGCUCCAGGAUUGUUAAUAAGCCUCCUCCUCCCCCUCGCUCCAGAUAACGCCAACUUUUAUGGCCUUGAGUGAUUUGAAGUAAUUCUUUAAUAAUGUGUUUGCGUAAAGGCGGGGGGGCUUCACGCACUGAAUCAAAAUGAAAACUGUGCAGAAGGAUCUCAUUUCCUGCAACUAAAUACUUUCAUUAGACCCUCCUCGCUCUUAAACGCCUCUUCACUGGAAUCCCCAUAUCUGUGUUUUUGGAAUCAAGCUUUCUUUGACAAGUUCAGUCCCAGAGAGAUAACCCUGAUCACAUCACUAUCUUCAUUCAGGUUCUUUUAUUUAGACUUUGGAACCCCCAGCACUCCUGAUCUGAUCUCUGUGUUUAAAAUCAGUUAUUUCCCCUUUAAAGAUCCAUUAAAGCCUCAUUAUUCUGAUUCACCGGCUUAAUUUUAGGUCUUAGGAUACACAAAGCUGUAUGACCAGCACAUGAUUACCUCAACAUACAUGCAAGUGUCGUGAAAUAGGAGAAAGGGGAAGUGUUUAGUUUGUUUUCCAGAGUUUAAAAAUGUUAGAUUUCUUUAUUUUAAUUCUGCAGAAAAUAAAUAACUUUCACCAAAGAUGCAUUUUUUAAUACAGCUUAAAAAAAUAUAUCUAAUUUAGAUUUCUGUGCAUAUAAUCUGGCCUUUUAAAAAAAAUAAUUAAGUAUUCUUCAGCUCCCCAAGCUUCUGCAAAACUACCUGAAGAAGAAGAAGAGAUAAAUAUAAGUGUCCAUAUGACUUAGGGGAGUGUGAAUCACUCACCAUGUGAAGUAACUGAAAGAGGAAGUGACUGUAUAUGUCACUCACGAGUGUUGAUGAGUACCAGAGGCGUGAACAUCACAGAGCUGUAACCUCACCUUUCAGACCCUCUCCUCCAGAUGUUGUGGAGGAACAGACGAGCUGCUCUGGCGCGUCUUUACGCGUGAACUCCUCGGGGCCUCAUUUGAUUACUGAAUAAAGCUUUUCUUAAAGCAUUACUUUUUUUGUGCUGAAAGCUAAACCAGUUCAGCUGACCAGCGUAGGGAACCAGCUUGGAGUAAUCCAGCACAUUGCGGUUAUUGUUACUUUUGGGGAUUUUUUGGCGUGAACCCAAGAUCAAAGGUUGAACACGGUUUUUUGCUCAACGUCUUGUUGGUGUUACUUUUUUUGCAUCAUGUAUUUGUCAAUAUGAAAAGGAGAGAUCUGUUACUGUGAAUAAAGGACGUUUUAUCACAGGAGUCCAAUCAAUCAUGGAGCCCUAUGUGCGCACUGAGCGCUCUCUGACGUUCUGGAGGAGGAUAUGUUAUGCGGUGGGACAUUUUCAGAACGACCUGUGCGCCUCUAUGUGGUUCACCUAUCUCCUGGUCUACCUCCAUAACGUGCUGGGCUUGCAGAGUACCUUUGCAGGUGUGCUGCUGCUAAUUGGACAGAUAGCUGACGGGCUGUCUACACCUUUGGUUGGAUAUGAAUCUGACAAAACAUUAUCGGGUAUCUGCGGGAAGAGGAAGUCUUGGCAUCUGUUGGGAACGAUUAGCGUCAUUGUGUCCUUCCCCUUUAUUUUCAACCCAUGCCUGGCCUGCAGCGACAACACUCCUCAGUGGGCUCAGAUUUUAUACUUCUCCCCCUUCAUCAUCAUCUUCCAGUUCGGCUGGGCAGCCACGCAGAUCUCACACCUCUCCCUCAUCCCGGAGCUGGUGAGUCGGGAGACAGAGAAGGUGGAGCUCACUGCGUACAGGUAUGCGUUCACCGUGGUGGCCAACAUCACAGUGUUCACUGUGGCCUGGCUGCUCUUUAAAUUUCAGGCUCAACACAAUCUCAACCCAACAAUCACAGACAAUGUGGGCCCGGUGGACAUCCCUCUGUUCAGGAAUCUGGCCCUCAUCAUGUUGGGCACUGGAGCUGUGUUCUCCCUGUUUUUUCAUCUGGGCACAAAGGAGGAGACGUUAGCCUCAGAGAGAGAGAAUCUGCUCAUCUCAUCUGCCCCCCAACAGGAGUCCAGUCCUCGACCCGUGUUCCAAUGGAAGAGUUGGCUGAAGGAGCCGUCCUUCUACCAGAUGGCUUUCCUGUACAUGUGCACCCGCCUCAUAGUCAACUUAUCUCAGACAUACAUCUCAGUAUUUAUCACCGCCUCACUGAUGUUACCCAAGAACUUCAUCGCCAUCAUACCUCUGGUGAUGUACCUCAGCGGCUUUGUUUGCUCAUUGGUCAUGAAACCAAUCAGCAAGCUCAUAGGAAUUUAUAUUACUUAUUUGGUGGGCCUCGUGUUGGUGUUUGCAUUCGGUAUCUGGGUAUAUGUGGCAAAGCACAUGGGAGCUGACAGCAUCUAUGGAGCGGCCGUGCUGCUGGGAGCCGGCACAGCUACAAUCCUGGUCAUGUCUCUUUCCAUGACCGCCACACUCAUCGGGGAUCAGACGCAGCAAAGUGGUGCCUUUGUUUACGGGUCCAUGAGCUUCACUGACAAGGUGGCGAACGGUCUGGGGGUCAUCCUCAUCCAGAGCCUCCGACCGUGCAAUGAUGAGACCUGCUGUCCAGACUGUGUUUGGUUUUAUCGUGACGUCAUGGCGAUGGUAACUGGAGGCGUGGCCAUAGCCGCUGCAAUUUGUCUGUUCACAAUUAUGACCUGGCCAAUCAGGAUAAGGCGAGGUUAGGGUUCAGAGUCUGUGGUAGACGUUGUUUUUACCUGUGUGAACAAACAGAAAUCAACCACUCAUGUUAUAGAUUGAGAAGUUAGAUGUUUGGAGAGGAGAAGCCUUUGUUACUGAUCAAGGGAAACAGUGCUGAAAUCAAAGCCAUGCUGCCACCUAGUGCCUGAAAGUGUAACUACGCUGUUUUUCAGGCUUUGAAUUAGAACAUAGAAGUCUUUAAAUGGAUUCAGAUUUGUAGAAUAAGACUAGAAAUAAAUGUAGGAACCACAAAUUCAGAUGUUUCAUACAGUCAUCUUGACAUUAAGAGUGGAAAGUUACUGAACUACCUGCACAACUCAGCCAAACUUGAUAACUGUCAACUUUACAGACAUUUUAUAUCCAUUAAACGUUUGUUUAUUUUGACCCACAAAUGAUCGUGUUGCUGCUUCCAGAAAAUGGGUGAAAUUGACUUCUCUUGAUUGUGUGUAUGUGUGUGUGUGUGUGUGUGAGAGAGAGAGAGAGAGAGAGAGAGUGUGAGAGUGUGUGAGUGACAGAGAGAGUGUGAGCACGAAUGCCAUUACCUGACCAUUAUUAUGAAAACCACCUGCCUUGAUUGAACUGUGUUUACUGUAGGGGUGAUUUAAUAAGGAUUUUGUUGGAUGACAAAAACAGUCAUGAAUGAAAUAAUCACAUAUCUGCUCUGAAUAAGGUGAAUUCAACACCUUAAAGUAGAUUUUUAAACAAAUUUAAAGUCAUAUAAAGUCAUAAUAGAAAUAAUUUCAUGAAAAUGUAACACUACUUUAAAGCUGUUAAUCAAAAAACAUCAUAACUAAUAUUUGUAUCCCCUGUUCUGUCCAUGACCAUGAUAUGUCAACAGUAUGCAUCAAAGUUUAAGAGACGAUACUUGUGAAUAAAGGAGUGAUGAGAGAAAAUAUCAGA